GACUUCUCUCUCUGCUGAUCGCUCCCUGCUUAUUACUUGUCGUGCCACACCAGUGAACCCCCGCCCCAGUCCGCUUCCGUUCCGUCCCGUUCCGCCUCGCUCCCCACCCUUUCAUGGCCGGCGCGACCCUCGCCGCCGCGAGAUUCCCCGCGGCCGUUGCGCUCCUCCGCACUCGCCGCUCCCCCGUGGUCGCCGUGCCGCUCGCUCCGUCCGGUCUCCGCCACCACCGCCGCAGCGUCGCCAUGGCCGCCGGCGCCGCGCCCUCACCCAUUCCCGCCUCCGAUCCGCUUCCCAAGGGUUCUGAUCUAUUUUUCCGGUCAGUUCUCUCAAACAUGCAAAAAGUUUAUUUGAGCAGGAAUCCAACUGCCGAAAAGAUUCUGGACUUUGUCCAUUCUUACGACGGGGACCACAUUUGUUUUGAUCACUUUGCUUUCAGAACAUUUGGGGUUGACGGUUAUGGUAUAGACUCACUUGCUGAAUUUUUUACUGAUUUUGGUUACGAGUCUCGUGAAGAACUAAGGUUCCCAGCGAAAAAACUAAGAGCGCUAUGGUUUUCCCCUCCCAACAAUGAUGGAUACACCAGAGCUGGUAUAUAUGGACCUUUGCCAAGGAUAUUCAUUUCUGAACUUCUUGUAGAUGAGCUGAGUGCUCCGAGCCAGGAAAUUAUACGGAAAUACAUCAAAACAUCAGCUAAUGGAAAUAAAUAUGCUGUUCUUGCAAGUACAUUUGGAGAGCUGACAUGGGAGAAGCCCACUUAUUCUGAUUUCCAGGUUUUAUCUAGGGAAAGUGAAUAUGCUGGAUGGACUCUUGUUAAUGGCUAUGCACUGAACCAUGCCACAGUCUCCACUCAUCGCCUAGAGUCAGAUAUCAGAAGUAUUAGUAAAUUCAACAAAUUUGUGGAGGACAACGGGUUCAAGUUAAAUACAGAAGGAGGAAUUUUGAAAGUGAGUCCUGACGGUCUCCUCCAGCAAAGCUCAACUGUAGCUGAUUCAUCAUUAUUUACUUUUGCGGAUGGAAUCACUGAAUCUAUUCCACGUUCCUAUAUUGAAUUUGCUGAACGGCUGCCACUUCCACAGUUCAGAGAUUUGCAAUAUGAAGAGGUCAAGGAACACCACAGGCGCGAUGGUUUUGAGGUGGGCAACGCAGACAAGAUAUUUGAGAGCACUUCAAAGGAUCAGCUUACCAGAAGAUCUGCAUAAGCGGCGUACUCUUGAUCGAACAUUCUGCAGGCGGGCCAACGAGCCUCUUGGAAGUGUGUUGAAUGCGUGUGUUGUGUAAUCAUUGUAUGGCUUGAAGUGGGUUGGAAACAGAUGCUUAAUAAAGAUAUACUAUUUCCUAA